AUGUAUAUCUCCGAAGUUAUAGGCACGAGUGAACUGAGCGAUAGCAAGAAUAUUUACAUAUUUAUUAGCGAGUCAAUCGAGAUUUUUCUUUCUUUCUUCCUUCCUUCCUGCUUUCCUUCCUGCCUUCAUCAUUUUUUCUUUCUUGCUUCCUUUCUUCCUUUCUUUCUUGCUUCCUUUCUUUCUUCCUUUCUUCCUUUCUUUCUUUCUUUCUUUCUUUCUUUCUUCCUUCCUUCCUUCAUCUUUUUUCUUUCUUGCUUCUUUUCUUCCUUUCUUUCUUGCUUCCUUUCUUCCUUUCUUUCUUGCUUCCUUUCUUUCUUCCUUUCUUUCUUUCUUUCUUUCUUUCUUUCUUCCUUCCUUCCUUCUUUCAUCUUUUUUCUUUCUUGCUUCUUUUCUUCUUUUCUUUCUUGCUUCCUUUCUUCCUUUCUUUCUUGCUUCCUUUCUUUCUUUUUUCUUUCUUCCUUCCUUCCUUCUUUCAUCAUUUUUUCUUUCUUGCUUCCUUUCUUCCUUUCUUUCUUGCUUCCUUUCUUCCUUGCUUCCUUUCUUCCUUUCUUUCUUGCUUCCUUUCUUCUCUUUCUGUCUUUCUUUCUUUCUCAUAUGACCUCUUUCUUUAUUUUCUUUCCUUCUUUUUGCUUUCUUUCUUUCUUUCUUUUAUUUCCUUUUUCUUUCUUUCCAUAUUAUAAUUUUAUCCGUCUUUGUUUCCUUUCUUUUCAAAUUAUAUUUCUUGCUGUUUUACAUAUAUUUUCCUCUUUCUUUCUUUCUUUUUUUCUUUCUUUCUUUCUUAGACAUUUCCUCUUUUCCGCGGUCUUUUUACAUGCCUCGUUUUCUAUCAUUUACCUUGCUUGCUUUCUUAUAUUUUCCUCUUUCAUUCUUGCUUCCUUCCUUCCUUCCUUCCUUCCUUCCUUCCUUCCUUCCUUCCUUUCUUAA